GGAGCCAUGGUGGGGCCCGGUCCUGGUGCCGCCGCCGCCUCUGUCGAAGAACGGCAAAGAAAGCUCCAGGAGUACCUGGCAGCCAAGGGAAAGCUGAAGUGCCAGAACGCCAAGCCUUAUCUAAAAGCCAAGAAUAUUUGCGCAAAUCCUGCACCUUCUAAAUCCACUAUUAGACCCAAAAAGGAUGUUACCAACCAUGUUGCUUUGCCUGUCAAAACUACAAGGCCCAUCAACCUUAAACUCCAGCCUAGACCCACCAAUAUCACAGAGACCCAGAAACCAAAGUUGGAUCCACCAAAACUUGUGGGCAAAAGGCUAAUUUCAGGAUGUAUUUCUUCUAACCUAAAUUGUAAGCCUUCCAGCAGCAGUCAAAAGCAGCCCAAAACUAGAUCAUCCGCUACAAGAGAACCAUCAAGAAAGCCUAUGGGAUCAUGUCCCAGACAGGAAUUGAAAACUACAAAGCAGCAGGUAACAGAUCAAGAAAAGGCUAAAUGUAUGGAUUCUGUGGACAAUACCCAGGUUGAAAAUGAAUCCUUGAAUCGCUUUCUAAAGGAGAUAAAUAAAGAGAACCUGCCCCAAACCUUAUCAGACUCUGAGAGGAAGCCAGAUCCUGAAUUUUGUACUGUAAGUAAGCCAGAGACUAACUCUCAUAAUCCAACCAAGAGCAGGUCAGCUCCUGAACAAGCCUUGGGCAAAAGUUUAAUGAAUAGUGCUGUUCUGAAAGACAGAGGUAAUAAGCCAUUUGUUGGAAAAACACAAAUCAGGAUUCAACCAGUAGAAUCACAGCAACUGUCUAGAGGAGCAGAUCUUACAAGACGAAGAGAAAAACCCCCAAGGACAGUUCCCUGUCACUUUGUUAAGACCCUUAGUAGGACUCCAGCAUCAAAAAAACCUGUGGCCAAGGAACAGGAUAUAAACAUUAGCAGGGCUAAACAUGAAAAAGCAGAUGAAGCUAAGUUACAAUCAUAUGUUAACGAACAAAAAGCAAAACGUUUGGUACCCCAGACCUACACCGGUUUGCUUCAGGGAAGAAUUAACAACAGACAUCCAAACAUUAAACAAGAUCAGAAGCCUAAUCAGCCUUGUUUUAGACCCCAGGCAUCGUUUGUACUGCAGAAUUCAAAAGACUUAAGCAGGAGGCCUGAUCUGACAGCUGACAACUCUAAUCCAGUAAUUCCGAGCACCCCUAGCAUAAGAGCAAAUGGGACAAAUGGGAAUAAAUGCAACAAUGACUUUCAGCCAAAAGUGCAGACUUUGGACUCCAAGUUGAAAAGGACUCUUUACCAGAACUAUUUUCUGAAUAAGACAGCUCCCAAAACUCAGGCUGGUGACACAACCAUGAAUAGAAGAAUCCCAGAUGGGACCCCAACUAACCCAAAUAUUAAAAAAAAGGCAACAGAGGAUCGAAGGAAACAGCUGGAAGAAUGGCAGAAGUCUAAGGGGAAAGUCUAUAAGCGGCCUCCUAUGGAACUUAAAACGAAAAGAAAAGUAAUAGAGAAAAUGAAUGUUUCAUUCUGGAAGAGCAUUGAAAAAGAAGAGGAAGAAAAGAAAGCCCAAUUUGAACUGUCCAGUAAAAUCAAUAACACUCUGACAGAAUGUCUGCAGCUCAUUGAAGGGGGUGUAUUUUCUAAUGAAGUGUUUACCAUAUUGUCCAGUAUUCCUGAGGCUGAAAAAUUUGCUAAAUUCUGGAUCUGCAAAGCAAAGCUGUUGGCAAGAAAAGGCACCUUUGAUGUUAUUGGGCUGUACGAAGAGGCCAUUAGAAAUGGGGCAACACCAAUACUAGAGUUGCGGGAAGUUAUUCUUAAUAUUUUGCAAGACCCAAACAGAACCGUGGAAGGAAUCACCUCUGACUCUUUAGCUGCUGAAGAGCUGAUCAAGAAGAUGGAAUCUGAAAAGUCUUGUCUUUCUCCAAAAGAGAGGGAGCAGGUUACAGCAACACCCCAAGUAACCAAAGCAUGCCAGGAUAAUCAUCCUGGCAUCAAAUUACAGAUCGCCCCCAUCCCUCGACUAAUUGGAAUGCCCGAAGUGCAAGACAUGAAGCUCAUCACUCCUGUACGGCGUUCAGCGAGGAUCGAACGGGCCGUGUCCCGCUAUCCAGAAAUGCUACAGGACCAUGAUUUAGUAGUGGCUUCCCUUGAUGAACUAUUAGAAGUGGAAGAAACAGAGUGUUUUAUAUUCCGCAAAAAUGAGGCUUUGCCUGUAACCGUGGAGUUUCAGAUCCUUGAAUCAUAAUUUCUUGAUACUUAAAAAAAGUCUCUGGUGUUUCAGAGCCUCCCUGAGACAAGAACUACCCUUGUCUGAGUGACCUGGAAAAACAUGGACAAUGGAGAGGCAUCAUGGAUGCAGAUUACGAACUCUUGGGACUCAGAAAGUGAUUCACUGGAAUUAACUCUGAAAUUGUAUAUCCCAACAGGAAUAUCUGGUUUAUUUGUUUAAGACUGUAGUUCUACAGCAUACAAAAAUUUCAAACUAUUGACUAUUAACCAAUUUAUUCCACAAGUAUGGUAAAAUUUGUGCUUUAUUCAUCUACUUUAAUCCCAACAUAAUUAAUUUUUGUUAUCAGACAGUUGGUGCCACAAUAUGAUAGAGUUUCAUUUAUGUAUUCACCUUAGCAAAGAGAGCAAGUUCUCACAGCAUGGAAAACCUGAGCUUUGAAGCUAGCUUACAAUUAUUUGCUAACCUGGAUGAGCCCGGGCGGACCAUCCAGUCAAUGACUGUCCUAGCUAUAGCUUUGCUCAGAGAUUGCAGACGCCUUGUACGACUCGCCAUCACAGUGUCCUUGUAGAUGACGACUAAUUCUUGUCUUUUCUGGGUCAGGGUUCCUCUCGUGAAACAAAAUCCUAAGUCAGGGUGGUCCGUCCAAACCUAGUGGUUAGAGUGGCCCAGGUGACCACCCAAACCUAAUUUUGCAUUUGUUAUUCAGAUAUGCUUCAAGAAAAAACAGAAGGGGCAGGGCAGAGGGAUGUGGAGGGGGUGCUUGCUUUCAGUUCCUUGUCCACUUGGGGAGACCUGUCCUGAGAAGGAAAUGCAAGCUCCUGAGACCACUAUAGAGGUUGCUUUUCCUUCCUCCUGGGCAACUGUGCUUGGAAAGGUCAAGUCAGAAUCAUUAUAUAAAUAUAAUGUACAGAAAAACAUAGCAUGUUUUUGUUUUUUUUAAUUUUAGCUUUCUUAAAUAUUUAAGUAUUAUCUAAAAAACAUAAAUGAAUUUUUGUUAGUCUUUAAAAGUUUCUGCUUAUUCAUUUAUCUUAUUUAUUGUAGAAAACAGUGAUGAUGGCUUGGCCUAGAGAAUUAGGAGCUUGUCUGGGGAAACACCACAGUUAUUUGCCAAGAGGCCUGACAGGGAGCACUCAUCACCCUGGAGAACUUAACCUUAAUCAAGGGUCUCACCAUCAGCCUCACCCAGGGACUGGAUUUUGUGAAAGUGAGGGAAACAGAUCCCUUUUUCAGGAUCGGAUUUACAGUAAUGAGGUUCAUAAAACUGAAGUAUACAAUGAUAAUGCCAAUAAACUAACUUUCAGUGAGAAACAAUAGUCACUGCAUCCAAAAUGGCAGGAACCCGCACAACCAGUCUCCUCCCUGAGACAGCCUUGCCUGUGAAGCCAGAGAGUUGCUUAAAGGCCACAGUCAGAUCAUGGGAACUUAGAGGAAUCAAAGAUUCAAAAUCACCAAAUUA